AUGGCUCAAGCCUUGGCUCCACCACUAACAGUGAUCACCACCGUCGUCCCAGACCCGCCGCAGCCUCCACCACCACCGCAGCAAAGGCCGUAUGCUCUGCAAUACGUGACGGAUCUUCUUGGCCGGAUCGGUAUCAAAGACACAGACAAAGAUGGCAACAUUAGCCCACAGAGUCCGAUGAGCCCUAGGAGCCCUCGAAACUCUAUUCUCAUGGGGAAGUACGAGCUAGGGAAGCUUCUCGGCCACGGAACCUUUGCUAAGGUCUAUUUAGCCCAAAACAUCAAAUCAGGAGAAAACGUCGCCAUUAAAGUCAUCGACAAGGAGAAGAUUAUGAAGAGCGGUUUGGUUUCUCACAUUAAACGGGAGAUCUCGAUCCUCCGCCGCGUCCGUCACCCUUACAUCGUGCAUCUAUUCGAGGUUAUGGCGACCAAGACGAAGAUUUACUUCGUGAUGGAGUACGUUCGAGGCGGUGAGUUAUUCAACACGGUGGCUAAAGGGCGUUUGCCGGAGGAAACAGCUCGGAAAUAUUUCCAGCAGCUGAUCUCCUCUGUCUCGUUCUGCCACGGACGCGGCGUUUACCACCGCGACCUCAAACCGGAGAAUCUGCUUUUAGACGAUAAAGGGAACCUUAAAGUCUCCGACUUUGGUCUCAGCGCGGUGGCAGAGCAGCUCCGGCAGGACGGGCUCUGCCACACGUUCUGCGGGACUCCAGCUUAUCUUGCGCCGGAGGUUUUGACUCGGAAAGGGUACGACGCAGCGAAAGCCGAUGUUUGGUCUUGUGGAGUGAUCCUAUUCGUGUUGAUGGCUGGUUACAUUCCGUUUUACGACAAGAACAUUAUGGCCAUGUACAAGAAGAUUUACAAAGGGGAGUUUCGAUGUCCUCGUUGGUUUUCGUCGGAUCUUGUUCGGCUACUGACUCGGCUUCUCGACACGAAUCCGGAUACUCGGAUCACGAUACCGGAGAUCAUGAAGAAUAGAUGGUUCAAGAAAGGAUUCAAACAUGUGAAAUUCUACAUCGAAGACGAUAAGUUAUGUAGGGAAGAUACGGAUGAGGAGGAAGAGUCGUGUUCAUCGGGUCGGUCUUCGACGGUUUCAGAGGGCGACGCGGAGUUCGAUGUGAGGCGGGUCGGGUCAAUGCCGAGACCCAUGAGCUUAAACGCGUUUGACAUUAUAUCUUUCUCUUCCGGGUUUGAUCUGUCUGGUUUGUUUGAGGAAGGAGGAGAAGGGACGAGGUUUCUGUCAGGUGCUCCUGUUUCAAAGAUCAUAUCGAAACUGGAGGAGAUUGCGAAGGUUGUGAGUUUCACGGUGAGGAAGAAGGAAUGGAGUUUGAGGUUAGAAGGCUGUAGAGAAGGAGCAAACGGACCAUUGACAAUUGGAGCUGAGAUAUUCGAGCUGACGCCAUCUCUUGUGGUGGUGGAGGUGAAGAAGAAAGGAGGAAACAGAGAAGAGUAUGAAGAGUUCUGCAACAAGGAACUCAGACCGGAGCUAGAGAAACUAAUGCACGAAAAAGCAGCAGAAGAAGAAGAAGUUGUAGUAGAAGAAGAAGCAUUGUAUUUGCCAUCUGAUACUGAAUAG